AUGUGUGGUUCCCUGGGCAAAAAAUGCCAGUUCUCUAUGGUGAGGAACAUCAGCAAUCAUCUUCAAGAACAAGUACAACAACAACUGCCAAAAAUCUUCGCAAAAAUAGUCUUCUUCCCUCAUCUGAUGAACAUGAAGUCAACAACAAGAACAGCAAAAGAGGCCGAGAGAGAUUUCUUCCAGAGGGAAAAAAUCAUGAUCAUGAUGCUCUUGCUCACCAGGACCGAAACCGACCCGGACGUGGCAACGCCAACGAAUACGCAGAUUGCCCUCCUUCAUCUUCUCGCGAUCCACAGGACCCUAUGAGCAACAAUUUUGCAAACAACACUAGUAUCAUUUCCACUUUCAUUGAUACUGGUGUUCACCCAGAAAGAUCGAGGACCACGACUACACCAAGAAUCUCACGAGGUGAUUAUAAUUCUCUUUUCGCAGGAAGACCAGCACAACCAGCUGCACAACAGGAUGUUGAUCGAGGAGCGCAACAACUAGAACGUCAGCUCAUCUAUGACGUACAACACUACGAAAGUCUAAGCGUCGUUAUUGUCGCAAGACGGUCUUUGCAGAAAUCACGUUUGUGGACACUCACGGAAAAGCUGGUGUGUGAGCAUGGAAUUUGCGUACCCUCCUUUCCGGAGAAUGCUAGCUUGUCGAAACACGUGCAGCACCUGGUAGAUCGAGCGAGGAGAGUCAAGGUACUUACUUUGAAGUAGAAAUGCUGGUGGAGAAGGAUUUUAUGAGUUUCGAUUUACUUAUGAAUGUGAAUGUGAUUCAUUGGUUCCAAGUGAGUUCUUUCUAGUCUUCAUGAUCAUCCCCUACUAGGGCUUACGUUUAGGGUUACGAACAUCUACUUCAGAAGUACUGCUACUGACUCUGACACUCAUCACACUCCUCGACUACAACAUUAGACUACAUCCAAAUGUCCAGCUUCCCGCCAAGUACCAAUUGGAUUUAUCUGGGGUAUUCGAUUACAGCAGUGAGGAUGACGACCUCUUGAUGAUGGACGCAUAUGAUCAGCCGGUCGUGGUUGAAGAAGGUCCUCAAUUUGCUGAUGGUAUGCGCUAUGGUGCCUAUGGAGGAUACUUCGAUGUGGAGCGUCCCAAUUUUUCUUGCACGAAUGCGGUGGAUGGAAGUAGAGUUGGUGCACCUCUGGAAGCGAAUAAAGAGCAAAAAUGUACUUACCACUGAUGCUAGUAGACAUAGCUAAUUUUUGUUUUUGAUACAACAGCUUUUUCUAGUACUGAAGAUGGUGAAGAUGGUGUACGUAGUACUAAAACUUGCUUCUAGAUGUCUACUUUCGUCUGCUGCUUGUUCGGUUUUUUUUUCAUCAACUAUACCCACAUUCAAAGCGCGGUCGUUGAAUUAUUCGAAAGUAUCUCCUGAAACUGUCGUAGCUCCCCUUAGAAGGUGCUAUGGUAUGGGGUGGCCUCAAAGGUAGACAAUUGUAGCUACAAAAGAGGCUGCGCCAUGACAUGGCAUGAAACUACGAUAUAAUUUUCUUCUUCGACACAACAACAGUCCUAAAAGUGCUUGUCCUCUGCGGUCUUCAAGGAGCCGGAAAAAGCACUUUUUGCACGCGGCUUCCUCAAUGCUACCAACGAAUUUCGCAAGACGUUCUGGGCAGUCGUCACCGUUGUCUUUCGUUUUUCAUUAAGGGUUCUUUCCGUUACUUUUUUGAAAUCACAAGGGGAAACAAAGAUGAACUCGGGGAAAAAAGGGUACCUCGGGAUAAUGUUGGUAACUAGUAUUCAUUCGUUGAUCAGGGAUCAUAGUCGUGAAACACUUCUACCGCUAAUUUUGACACUCUGGCUGACGCAGUUUUCGGAGCUUCCAGAAAAAAGGAGAAAAAGCUGCUGCAGCAGGAGCUUUACAUCGUCGUCGAUCGGCUCAAUCACACUCCUCAGCAGCGCAGGUUGUGGCUGGACGAAGCGAGAAAGGUGCAGAAAAGACAC